AUGGACCCCUCCCGCGACACUGCGUCAGAGCUCGACUCCUUCCGCGAACAGUGGCGCGCCGAGGUGCGCGCGAGGAACCCGCCCUCUAGAAGUCAACAGAGCGCUGCAGGUCCGUCGAAUCCCACUUCUAGGCCGUCCCGCGGGGUGCCGGAGAGACCCAAGAACUUCGUGGCAGCGUCGAAGACGAUCCCCCACGAUGUAGACGACGAGUUCAUCCAGACACAAGUCUUCGAAGAGCCGGAGGGAAGCGAACCUACCAACGAUACGCAAUUGCCCGCGGAGUCCAGAGAUGGCAAGGGCCCAGUGUCCGCGCUCGACCACUACGAGCAGGCGGUUGAGAAGGAGGCGCAAGGUAGUCUAGGGGACAGCUUGCGCCUGUACCGGAAGGCUUUCAGGAUGGACCACCGAGUCGAUCAGAAAUACAAGAACAAGUACUUCGCUGCGGCUUGGGCUCAGAAACCGCAGCAGGCUGGCUCCUCUGUCGCACCAGGCACGUCAGCCGCAGCGAAAGCACCCGAAGCGACGUUAGAAAGCCAACCGCAAUCAAUGAAGGAGCUGCUUGCGAGCUUCGCGGGCUUGUCGAUCGAACCUGCGCCGCCGGAGAUAGAGGGAAUGCCCCAACCGCCCUGUCCGAUUGCGAGCCUACCCGAGGAGAUUUUGAUACAUAUACUGCAGGAUGUGGCCGUGGAAGACGUUGGCGACUUUGUUCGACUUGCCCAGGUCUGCAAGAGGUUUGCAUGGCUGGUGGCCACGGAAGACCGAAUUUGGCGGAGAAUAUGUAUCGGCUCGGAGGUCGGGUUUGGCGGGAUGCACUAUGACUGGCAGAAGGGCGUGUCGUGGGAGCCGCUCGGUGAAUUCAUCCUUGAAGAUGACGCGGAGAGCGUAGCACGCAGCCGACAAGCCGAGUCACUCGUAACCACCAACGCCCUCCUGGGCAACCCAUACACAACCUGGCAACGGAUGUUCCGCCAACGGCCCAGGAUACGCUUCAACGGCUGCUACAUCAGCACCGUGAACUACAUCAGAGCAGGACAGGCGUCCGCUCACCAAAUCACUUGGAACAGUCCCGUCCAUAUUGUCACCUACUACCGGUAUCUCCGCUUCUUCCGUGACGGUACGGUGAUUAGCCUCUUGACGACAGACGAGCCCUCCAGCGUCGUCCAUCAUCUAACCAAGGACCUCCUUGCCUUGCAUCAAGACGGCGCAAUGGCACAUCUACCGUCGAUAGUCAUGCAAUUCGGGCUGAAAGGGCGCUGGCGUCUUUCGUCUGCGCUGGACAACCCGGAUGUAAGCCCUGCGGAGGCAGAAGGGGAGCUCUUUGUUGAAACGGACGGUGUGGGUCCUAAAUAUAUGUACAGAAUGGAGUUGUCCCUCAAGAGUGCUGGAAAGGGAGCGAGGAACAACAAGCUUAUUUGGAAGGGCUUCUACAGUUACAAUAAGCUGACGGAUGACUGGGGAGAAUUCGGACUGAAGAAUGAUAAACCUUUCUUCUUUAGUCGUGUGAAGAGCUAUGGGAUAGGCGAGUGA